AUGGUCCUGCAAUGGGUUAGUCGCAGGACCGACCUACAAGCAGCAGACGCAUUGUCCUGCUCCUUCCCCCACCAGCGCCACCCACGCACUUCCUGUGCUGCAAGAACUCUGCAGAGAGGACCCUACGUGCGAUCGCUGAGACCUUUUACUACCAGGCCAAGAUAUAAAAGACUGCGACUACAGAAUGGUGCCAGUCCCUGUGAGGGCAGAGUAGAGGUCUAUCACCAGGGAGAGUGGGGCACAGUGUGUGAUGAUGACUGGGAUACCAAUGAUGCUGAUGUGGUUUGCAGACAGUUGGGAUGUGGCCGUGCCGUCCGUGCUACUACUAACGCCCAUCAUGGUGCAGGUACUGGGAGGAUUUGGUUGGAUUAUGUACGGUGCAGAGGAACUGAAUCCUAUCUAUGGGAAUGUAAUUCCCGCCCAUGGGGAGAACACAACUGUAAUCAUGGUGAAGAUGCAGGAGUAAUCUGCUCAGGUCGUAUAGCUCACACAUGGGUAGAAGGACAAAGCAUAUGUUCAGGGCAUCUAGAGGUGGCUGAUAGUACCAGUUCAGGCCCAGUGUGUGAGUUGGAUGCUGGGCUGAGAGCAGCCAAUGUUAUCUGCAGGCAAUUGGAUUGUGGGACUGCUGUAACACUGCCAGUAAUAACAAAUUCCUACAAGAGAAUAGAGGAAUUCUGGACUGGGGAAAUUAAGUGUAUUGGGAAUGAGACCAACAUAAAGAACUGUAUCUGGAUUAACAGUAUUAAGAAAAACUGCACUAAUCCAAAUCCACCAACCAUACAUUGCAUAGGUACAUACAGUGACUACAGGAUAGUGAAUGGCAGUCAGAGCUGCUCAGGGAGAGUGGAACUGGAACGUGUAGGACAAUGGAAGUCACUGUGCAACUCACACUGGGAUUUACAUGCUGCCAAUGUCUUGUGUCGGCAGCUCAACUGCGGCACCGCUGUCUCAGUCCCACAUGGAAACAUGUUUGGCACAAGUAAACUUACAUGGACUGAUAGAUUUCACUGCAAGGGCACCGAGUCACAGCUAGCAGAGUGCCCAUACACUGCCCUGGGGAACAGUGAUUGCCCACAUGGUGAGACAGCCGCUGUUAUAUGUACUGGGAUAAAGGAAACCCUGCGCCUGAUGGGAGGAGAGAACCACUGUGAAGGGAGAGUGGAAGUACAGAAUGGCAGCUGGCACAGAGUUUAUGGCAGUGAGUGGGGCAUCAACGAGGCUCAGGUUGUAUGUAGAGAGUUGCACUGUGGAAAAGCUGUAAGUGCCUUCACCUCUGAGGCACAACUACCUGACAGCAGCCAUGGUAUAUGGGAGAGUAUCAAGUGCAAUGGAAAUGAGAGCCAGUUACAGGAUUGUGUUGGGACACUGGCAUCCUCUGUAGCACAAGGCUGUGACCCAAAGAAAGAAGUUGGAGUAUUCUGUUCAGCUAGCAGGAGAGUACGGCUGGUAGACGGCACAGGUCGAUGUGCUGGCAGAGUGGAGGUCUAUCACCAUGGAGAAUGGGGGACAGUUUGUGAUGAUUCCUGGGAUGUAGAAGAUGCUAAUGUGGUUUGCAGGCAGUUGAGGUGCGGACAUGCCAUCAGUACAACCAACGCAUUUCAUGGAAGUGGAACUGGGAAGAUUUGGAUGGAUGAUCUGAAGUGUUUAGGAAAUGAAACUUCUCUGUGGGAUUGUCCUUCCAGCGCUUGGGGCCUGCACAACUGUCAGCAUAAGGAGGAUGUUGGUGUCAUAUGUUCAGAAUCCACUGAUCUCCGUUUGGUUGGAGGAACACAUGAAUGUGAAGGACGGGUUGAAGUCUAUUACAAUGGAGGCUGGACAUCUGUUUGUGACAAUGCAAUGGGGGAGAAUACUGUUUCUAUUAUUUGCAAGCAACUAAACUGUGGAGUGAGUGGAACAAUUUCUUCUCUACAUGAAUAUGGUGAAGCAGGAGGUCCCUUCCUAUUGGACAACAUUAAGUGUCGGAAAAAUGAUAUAACUUUGUGGCAGUGUCCUUCAAAACCUUGGACCAGAGACAUCUGCAGUAAAAGAGAAGCUGCAAAAAUCAAGUGUUCUGGACAUAAACCUUAUAAAGCUGUAACAGAGGCCGAUAGCUGCCCAACACUUCAUAACUGUACAGAUUCCGACAGGGUACGUCUCAUUGGGGGGCAGGACAAUUGCUCUGGCAGAGUAGAAGUAUUUUUCCAGGGAGCCUGGGGAACGGUGUGUGAUGACUCCUGGGACAGGAAGGAUGCGGAAGUGGUGUGUGCACAGUUGGGCUGUGUCUCAGCUAUCAAUGCCACCGGGGAGGCCAUGUUUGGGAGUGGGACUGGUCCCAUCUGGUUAGAUGAGGUGUCCUGCAAAGGCCAUGAACAGGCGCUGCAAGAUUGUUUCUCUGUGCGCUGGAAUAGGAGCGACUGUCACCACAAAGAGGAUGCUGGGGUCAUAUGCACUGGAAAAAAAGAAAGUUUGCCCACAACUGCCCUGUCUUUCACUACAGGACCGCCUACCUCAGCAACUUCUCGCAUCAGUACUGUGUAUGUUUCUAGCAACAUCCCCAUCAUCGCCUGUAUUGUUUUGGCAAUACUUUUGGGUUUGGGAAUAAUGGUUGUCUGGGCUCUAGCAAGAAACCUGCACUGGUACAGAAUGGUUCUUAAGACCAGAACCGAUUCUUUACUGUCUCCUGCCUUCCCCAUUUAUGAGGAGAUUAAUUUUGCUAUGGAAGGAUUCGAGAAGGCUCUCUCUGAGGGAUCAGAUUCUCUUGUGGAUACCAAAGAUCAGAAGUUGGAAUAUUACACAAGUGCCAGUGAAGACAAAAAAAGUGUAAUAUCAGUUACAGACGCAUCAACCAACAAAUGUCCAUUAAAUGACUAUGAUGAUAUAGAAGAGACUGAGAAGAACAGAGGGUCAUUGGUUCCUCGUAGCCAAGAAGCCUUGCUGCUUCUAGUAUGUGUACUACAAGGAGUUUGUCGGAGAAUUUCAGAAAGUCCAAAUCCAGAUUUUGAAGGAUCAUUGAAUGACAGGCUUCCAUCAGAUGACUAUGAUGACAAUGAAGAGCCAGAAAAGGAUGGAUCUCCUUUCACGUCUGAUGCUGGAACCCUCCCACAGAACAUGAUCUCAGACUAUGGAUACGAUGAUGCAGGUACAAGAAAGCUACGCAGUCAUAUUGGCCAUGAACAGACGUCACUGAUAGAGGCCCAACCUUCUGUAAGAAAACCAGCUGUCUCUUUUGUAGAAGGAGACUUAGGUUCUGUCACUGUGAGGAUCUCAAACACUUGGCCCCUGCUGCUAGGUGCAAGCAUAGAAAUGACAUGGGGAGGAUUAUUUUAUUUCUCUGCUUCAUUAAUCCUACUCACUGAUGGCCAAGGAAAUGAGACACUGCGACUACAGAAUGGUGCCAGUCCCUGUGAGGGCAGAGUAGAGGUCUAUCUCCGGGGAGAGUGGGGCACAGUGUGUGAUGAUUACUGGGAUACCGAUGCUGCUGAUGUGGUUUGCAGACAGUUGGAAUGUGGCCGUGCCGUCAGUGCUACUACUGGGGCCCAUCAUGGUGCAGGUACUGGGAGGAUUUGGUUGGAUGAUGUACGGUGCCGAGGAACUGAAUCCUAUCUAUGGGAAUGUGAUUCCCCCCCAUGGGGAGAACACGACUGUGGUCAUGAUGAAGAUGCAGGAGUAAUCUGCUCAGGAUAUAACAGGCUGCAACUAUGGAAUGGCACACGUCCAUGUGAAGGCAGAGUAGAGGUCUAUCACCAGGAAGAGUGGGGCACAGUGUGCAGCAAUAACUGGGAUACCAAUGAUGCUGAUGUGGUUUGCAGACAGUUGGGAUGUGGCCGUGCCGUCAGUGCUACUACUAACGCCCAUCAUGGUGCAGGUACUGGGAGGAUUUGGUUGGAUGAUGUACGGUGCAGAGGAAAUGAAUCCUAUCUAUGGGAAUGUAAUUCCCGCCCAUGGGGAGAACACAACUGUAAUCAUGAAUGGGAUGCAGGAGUAAUCUGCUCAGGAAAUAAAGAACUGCGACUACAGAAUGGCACCAGUCCCUGUGAGGGCAGAGUAGAGGUCUAUCUCCGGGGAGAGUGGGGCACAGUGUGCAGCAAUAACUGGGAUACCAAUGAUGCUGAUGUGGUUUGCAGACAGUUGGGAUGUGGCCGUGCCGUCAGUGCUACUACUAACGCCCAUCAUGGUGCAGGUACUGGGAGGAUUUGGUUGGAUGAUGUACUGUGCCGAGGAACUGAAUCCUAUCUAUGGGAAUGUGAUUCCCGCCCAUGGGGAGAACACGACUGUCUUCAUGAAUUGGAUGCAGGAGUAAUCUGCUCAGGAUAUAACAGACUGCGACUACGGAAUGGCACAAGCCCAUGUGAAGGCAGAGUAGAGGUCUAUCACCAGGAAGAGUGGGGCACAGUGUGCAGCAAUAACUGGGAUACCAAUGAUGCUGAUGUGGUUUGCAGACAGUUGGGAUGUGGCCGUGCCGUCAGUGCUACUACUAAGGCCCAUCAUGGUGCAGGUACUGGGAGGAUUUGGUUGGAUGAUGUACGGUGCCGAGGAAAUGAAUCCUAUCUAUGGGAAUGUGAUUCCCGCCCAUGGGGAGUACACAACUGUAAUCAUGUUGAACAUGCAGGAGUAAUCUGCUCAGGAAAUAAAGAACUGCGACUACAGAAUGGCGCCAGUCCCUGUGAGGGCAGAGUAGAGGUCUAUCUCCGGGGAGAGUGGGGCACAGUGUGCAGUGAUGACUGGGGUACCCGUGAUGCUGAUGUGGUUUGCAGACAGUUGGGAUGUGGCCGUGCCGUCAGUGCUACUACUAACGCCCAUCAUGGUGCAGGUACUGGGAGGAUUUGGUUGGAUGAUGUACGGUGCCGAGGAACUGAAUCCUAUCUAUGGGAAUGUGAUUCCCGCCCAUGGGGAGAACACGACUGUAAUCAUGGAUGGGAUGCAGGAGUAAUCUGCUCAGCAUAUAACAGACUGCGACUACGGAAUGGCACAAGUCCCUGUGAGGGCAAAGUAGAGGUCUCUCACCAGGGAGAGUGGGGCACAGUGUGUGGGAAUAACUGGGAUACCAAUGAUGCUGAUGUGGUUUGCAGACAGUUGGGAUGUGGCCGUGCCGUCCGUGCUACUAACGCCCAUCAUGGUGCAGGUACUGGGAGGAUUUGGUUGGAUAAUGUACGGUGCCGAGGAAAUGAAUCCUAUCUAUGGGAAUGUGAUUCCCGCCCAUGGGGAGAACACAACUGUAAUCAUGUUGAACAUGCAGGAGUAAUCUGCUCAGGUACAUUUGCCAUGUGCUAUUAUUGUUCUUAUAUGCUAUUAUUAUUGUUAUAUUUUCCCCUGUCUUUUGCAGGAUACAAGACACUGCAACUACAGAAUGGCACUAGUCCCUGUGAGGGCAGAGUAGAGGUCUAUCUCCGGGGAGAGUGGGGCACAGUGUGCAGUGCUGGCUGGGAUACCGAUGAUGCUGAUGUGGUUUGCAGACAGUUGGGAUGUGGCCGUGCCGUCAGUGCUACUACUAACGCCCAUCAUGGUGCAGGUACUGGGAGGAUUUGGUUGGCUAAUGUACUGUGCCGAGGAAAUGAAUCCUAUCUAUGGGAAUGUGAUUCCCGCCCAUGGGGAGAACACAACUGUAAUCAUGGAUGGGAUGCAGGAGUAAUCUGCUCAGAUCACAAAGCAGCCAAAUUGGUGGAAGGACACACAACAUGUUCAGGGCAUCUAGCGGUGGAACAUGGUACCAGUUUGGCCUCAGUGUGUGAGUUGGAUGCUGAGCUGAGAGCAGCCAAUGUUAUCUGCAGGCAACUGAACUGUGGGAGUGCUGUAACACCUCCAGUGAUAACAAAUUCCUACGAAAGGAGAACAGAGAAAAUUUGGACUGAGGAAAUUAGGUGUAUUGGGAAUGAAACCAAUGUAUUGGACUGUUUCUGGAUUAACAGUGCUGAAAAAAACUGCAGUAACCCAAAUCUACCAACCGUACAUUGCACAGGUACAUACAGUGACUACAGGAUAGUGAAUGGCACUCAGAGCUGCUCAGGGAGAGUGGAACUGGGACGUGUAGGACAAUGGGGGUCUCUGUGCAACUCACACUGGGAUUUACAUGCUGCCAAUGUCUUGUGUCGGCAGCUCUACUGCGGCACCGCUGUCUCAGUCCCACAUGGAAACAUGUUUGGCACAAGUAAUCUUACAUGGACUGAUAGAUUUCACUGCAAGGGCACCGAGUCACAGCUAGCAGAGUGCCCAUACACUGCCCUGGGGAACAGUGAUUGCCCACAUGGUGAGACAGCCGCUGUUAUAUGUACUGGGAGAAAGGAAACCCUGCGCCUGAUGGGAGGAGAGAGUCACUGUGAAGGGAGAGUGGAAGUACAGAAUGGCAGCUGGCACAGAGUGUAUGGCAGUGAGUGGGGCAUCGAAGAGGCUCAGGUUGUAUGUAGAGAGUUGCACUGUGGAGAAGCUGUAAGUGCCUUCACCUCUGAGGCACAACUACCUGACAGCAGCCAUGGUAUAUGGGAGAGUAUCAAGUGCAAUGGAAAUGAGAGCCAGUUACAGGAUUGUGUUGGGACACAGGCAUCCUCUGUAGCACAAGGCUGUGACCCAAAGAAAGACGUUGGAGUCAUUUGUUCAGGUACAGUGACCCCAUGA